AUGUUUCCGUCCUCUUCAAUUCUCAUCGCUAUCUUCAUUGGUGGUAGCGCUGCUACAGUAGCAUUUCAACAGGCUUAUAGAAGUGCUGUAAAACUUGGUUGCAUUCAAAGGAACUGUAAUGGAAAACUCAUGGCCAAAGGUCCCGAUGAUGGACAACCAAUUUAUGAAAAGGAAGAAAGAUGUACGAAGCCGGACAGUGGCGAUGUCUCAAGUUAUAUCCCAUGCACAACGUACCAAGGUUCCUCAUGUGCUGCUGCAAUGAAGCUGUGUGUUGCUGGAUACAUUGACCUUAGUAAAUCAACUACUACAGCAGCAACGACUAUAUCAGUUGCUACCACAGCCGCAGGUGGAAGUAGUGCAGCGCCAGGAACAGGAGCUACUGCAGGAGGAGUUGGUAGGUCUAUAAUUGUACCAUCCCCUUUUUUACAUCCAGACACCUCUGGUCGAGUCCAAACAUUUCUAUCUAAGCAAAAAAUGAGUGUUGAGGACGCACAUGUUUCUACAGCUACGAAUUCACAUUCUGUAUACACUUCGUACUGUGUUUUCUUCCUCUAG